AUGCGUACCCUUCACCGAAGCGGCAUGUUCGCUCUGCGGACACUACGACAGAGCCAGCAAAUGCUGCUCUUGUCGAACACGCAAAGCCGCAGACUGUCGACGCACGUCUCUGUGAUUGGUUUACACUGGAAAACAGACGAGACGCGAUUGCGACAGGUGUUUGAGGCCUACGGGACGCUGGAGACGGCUCACCUUGUGACGCCCGAGCACUCGUCGAUGCAUCUGUGGGCGUCGGUCGUGUUUUCGACGUUUGACGAAGCACUGGCGGCUGUGAGUGAGUUGAAUGGACAGGAGCUGGACGGUCGACUACUGCGUGUGGGUAUUGUGGAUCCACCAGUUGAAGGCGAGUCGGUCGCCGACGACACGUCGUGA